AUGUACACGUUCAACCUGGUCAUCGUGCAUCGCAAGCACGAGUACACCAUCGAGGCUUUGGCAUCCACAAGCACAGUAUCGGAGCUUCGUCAAGCGAUCGAGGAGCUCACUUUCGUACCGGUGGACAAGCAAAAGCUGCUUGUACCGCGGAGUGCCGGCAUUGCGGAUUUGAACAGCCACCAGCAUGGAGACGCCAAAACGGACCAGCGGACUCUUGCAGAGGUAGGGCUUUCGAGCGGCUCUGAUACCAAGCUUACCGUGCUCGGGCCGUCUUCGCAAGAGCUCGAGCAGCUCUACCAAGCCGAGACCGAGAUGCAGAAACGCAACGCUCCCCGCUCGUACCAUCCGAGCAUGCUGCGCGGCACAAAGGCUCGCAACACGACACAGCCAGGGUCCAGCUUCUCGCCUUUCGGGCCGAUCCAUGCACACCCGACCACACCUCCCUCUUCUCCGCUGCAUGACAAGGUGAUCGACUUCCUCACUCGGCUGAGUCGCGACCCAGGCAUCCUGCACAUCUGCAAGCUUCAUAGCUUCCGCAUCGGCUCGCUCACAGAACUUUUGCCAUGGGAACAUCCGGGAUUGCUGGGGCUCAAUGAGAAUGCGGGUCAGCGCAUCCUGCUGCGCAUCCGCACCGACGAUGCGCAAGGUUUCCGAGACUACAAGACGACGAGAAGAGUACUGGUUCAUGAGCUCGCACACAAUAGGAUCGCGGACCAUCCACCCGAGUUCAAGAUCCUCAAUAGCGAGCUUAAUGCACAGAUCGAGGCAUUCGAGCGUGCGCAACAGCACGGAACUCACUCGCUCGUAGAGGGUGACGUCUACGAGCCUUCAGAACCAGCACUUUCCUCUGGAGUUAACGAGGGCGCUCCCAGCGGUGGUUACCGGCUUGGAGGCACGGCAAGCAGCUCUGGGAAUGCCAACGACAUAGAAGAGCGGCGACAGAUGAUCCUUGCUGCUACCAUGCGUCGGUUGGAGCGCGAAGAGCAAGAGAUCGAGCAGAGCUGUGGAAGCGCUGCAACGGCUGCUUCUAAGAAUGGGCGCUCCACCCCGUCAGCACCGUGA